AUGCCCACUUCGACAGAGUUCUUUGGUGUUACUGCCCACAACCUGGGUCCAUUGACCACAACCUUUACAGCCCCGUCAGCCUGUGCAACUGGCACGGAUCAUCAUGUCAUCGUCAACGGAAGCGCACCAAACGAAUUCUGGGGCCAACCGACAUGCGGCAUCAAAAAUCGUGGCAGCUGCAUGCCCAAUGGGAAAUCUUAUGAUUCGCUGCGAAGUGUGACGACGCCGUUGGAUCGGGUAUGGUAUCAUUAUUACUCGCCCGGCAUAGCCUGUCCAUCUGGUUGGACUACCGCCGGAAAUCUGGUCAAAGACGGAGACUCAUCCCUCAGCGCAUCCGGUGUUUUUUCACGUCCAUUACGGACAGCUACCUUUGAGGCUCAACCACUUGAGCCUUCUGACUUCUGGGGCCAAAUUAUGAAUGUCUCAGAGACGAUUGCCUUGUGCUGCCCGAGUGAUUACGUGGCAGACCCCCAAGGAAACUGUUUCUCGACGGUCGGUCCAAUGAGUGAAUUUAACUAUUCAUCCAUGUGCUACAGCCCGGCGCCCGUGGAAGUGAUAACUGUCACGAGUGUGGAUGGCGCUUCGUUGACAAAGCCAUUGCUUUCUUUCGACGUUCAGUCAGCACCAGCUUCGACACAUGAAGAUGAUAGACUGAUCACUCAUUCACGAUAUUCAUCUGAGCUUGUUGUUGCUACCUGGGUGCCUGCUGUGCCUUUGGUUCACCAGCAGUCUGAUCUAGAUGAAGCGGAGGAGGAUGAUGGUGAUGUUGAUGAGAAUGAUGAUGGAGAUGACGGCGAUAGUGAGGGUAGUGAUGGAAAUGCUGCUCCCACCAAGACUCCUGGAAAUGGAGUUGUGAGUGUUCUUGGAUUGACUCUGGGUAUCUUGGCUGGUAUGGGCAUGCUCCUAUGA